CCUGACCAACCUCCAGCCCGCCUCCGCCUUCGCACGGCCCGUGCACGCCAGGCGCACUUUCCGGCCCGUGCGUAGCGGCUCAGCAGCCACCGGCUGCGGUCCAGGCAGGCGCCGGGCCUGUCCUGGAGCCCGGAAGCACGGCGGCAUGGAGGCGCUGCUGUUGGGCGCCGGGUUGCUGCUGGGCGCCUACGUGCUCAUCUACUACAACCUAGUGAAGGCCCCACAGUGCGGCGGGCGCCAACAGCGGCAUCGGGAAGAUGACGGCGCUGGAGCUGGCGCGCCGAGGAGCGCGCGUGGUGCUGGCCUGUCGCAGCCGGGAGCGCGGGGAGGCGGCUGUCUUCGAUCUCCGCCAGGAGAGUGGGAACAAUGAGGUCAUCUUCAUGGCCUUGGACUUGGCCAGUCUGGCCUCCGUGCGGGCCUUUGCAACUGCCUUCCUGAGCUCCGAGCCACGGCUGGACAUCCUUAUCCACAAUGCUGGGAUCAGUUCCUGUGGCCGGACCCGGGAGACGUUUAAUCUACUGCUGCGGGUAAACCACAUCGGCCCCUUGGUAUCCUCAGCGGCCCACCGGCGUGGGCGCCUCGACUUCACACGUCUGAACCGUCCGGUGGUGGGUUGGCAGCAGGAGCUGCGGGCAUACGCUGACAGUAAGCUGGCCAACGUAUUGUUUGCCCGGGAGCUUGCCACUCAGCUUGAGGGCACUGGUGUCACCUGCUAUGCAGCUCACCCAGGACCGGUGAACUCAGAGCUGUUCCUACGCCACGUUCCUGGAUGGCUGCGCCCACUUUUGUGCCCACUGGCUUGGCUGGUGCUCCGGGCACCAAAAGGGGGUGCCCAGACACCCCUGUACUGUGCUCUACAAGAGGGCAUUGAGCCCCUCAGUGGGAGAUACUUUGCCAACUGUCGGGUAGAGGAGGUGCCCCCAGCCGCCAGAGACGACGGGGCAGCUCAGCGGCUGUGGGAGGUCAGCAAGAGGCUGGCAGGGCUUGGGCCUGGGGAGAACACCGAAUCCGAUCAAGACUCCCAAUCUGAGGACCCAGGGACCCCACCUUCUCUAAGCACCCCUCACCCUGAAGAGUCCACGAUUUCCAAACCCUGUUUCAACUCUCAGAGCUCACCAGACCCAUCUAAGGUGACACGCCGAAUUCAGCUUAAAGCUGGGCCUGAGACCCAAGUCUCCUAACCCCAGGCUGGAGUGUGUUCCAUCCCCAUUUCAUGGCCUUGAAAACCGCAGCUGUACCAGGCCCAGCCCAGACACUGAGGGACUGACAGUGUUUAGCCCGGUGGUUGCAUUCUGGGGCCUCAAGUUCUGUCCAGGACAGCCCUUUUCCUUGGUAAGGAGGGUGAUUUUUCUUCCUGAGUUGACAGGAAUCCCUGGUGGAGGACUGGGGUAACGUGCCCAGCGCUGUGCUGCUCAGGAAUUGGAAUGCCACAUUUCCAGGCCCCAUCCCGAGUGAUCUGAUCAGGUGUGGCGCUGGACUGGGAGCUGGUAAUCUGAAGCACGAUCAAUCUCGAGUGUUACCUGAGCCCUUUGCAGCCAUCCCGCUAGGUAGUUAAAUGACCCCCGUUUUCAGAGCCGGUUAGGCUGGGGGUAAGGGACUCACCCAAGGUCUCUCAUCUACUAACAGCAGGGGCUUUGAACCAGGUGCCAGGGCGCCCUGCCGGGCGCUGAGAGGGGCCAGACAGUUGUUACCGAGGCGUCCCGUGCCAGGGGAGGACGCCCGCCAGGGUGCUCCAGGGCUGGGCGGCGAGCUGGAGCCCGGUAAUAAAGCGUGCCGACUGCC